AUGGCCGCUCAAGCUACAAACGGAAGCUUUAUCGAUAUCACCAUUACAACCUUCUCAUCACCCGAACCUGAUAAUCAACGAGGACGGAAACGCCGACGCAGCCCGCCAGAAGCUUUAGCAGUUGCAGCAGCUCGAAUGCCGUCAGCAGAGUCUGCUACUUUCCGUGGACGAUGCAGGCACCGUUCAUCUUCGAGGCUCGAUAUAUCCAGAAACACAUCACGACUUAGAGGAGGGUCUUUAUCUCCAACCCGCAGAAAGCUGAUCCGCGUUGUUCAAUUAAACCGUCACCGAAGCCAAUCACCAUCUAGAUCCCGCUCUCCGGCUACACAGGAGGCUUCGAAGAGAAGGCGGCAAAGAACACAGAGCCGAGGUCGAAAGCACGAUGUCGAGUCAAAGAAAGUUGUCGAGCCUAUUAUUGCUUCGUUCCUCCGCCACGAAAUCGUGAUCAGGAACGAUAGUCCGUCUCAGAAAUCGAAACAUAACGGAUGA